AUGUGGGCGCGACCUGGAGGGAAAGGCGCCAAUGUAGCAGCGGUACUGGGGCUGGCAGGUGUGCAGGUCAAGAUGCUCGGUGCCGUGGGAUCGGAUGCUACUUGGCCGAUCGACUGUUUGAAGGAGCGCCAUGUCGACACGACGGACAUGUACGUGUCGCCGGAUGUCCCUACAGGCCGUGCAUUCAUUCAGAUUUCGUCUGAGGAUGGUGAAAACUCUAUUGUCCUCUUAAAAGGCGCCAACUUUGCUACGAACACGCCACUUGAUGAGCCCAACGCAUGGUUCUCGAGGAACGAACAGCAAAUAACGCACCUCGUUCUUCAGAACGAGAUCCCUCUCGCUUGUACCAUCGCCUUUGUGGAACAUGCAGCAUCCCUUGGUAAUGUCUGCACUGUGUUCAACCCCAGUCCUAUGCUGACGCCCGACGAGCUUCGGGCGUUCCCGUGGUCGGGAAUCCGCGUGCUUAUUGUGAAUCAAGGGGAAGCAGCAGACAUGCACAGGGCACUUUCUGGACGUGACGCAGGCUCUGAGCCAGCGAAGGCACUUGCGUCUUUGCCGGCCUUUGCAUCGAUUCAAUGGAUCGUGGUCACGCGUGGAAGCCAAGGCUCUUGUGCGGGUGUGCUCGUGGGCUCGGAGCGCGUGUGGGUCGAUACACAGGCGGCCAAGACGAGAACGGUCGUCAAUACUACAGGUGCUGGUGACACGUACACAGGCUAUUUGGUUGCAGGGCUCAUGAGCUUGCACGAGCGUGAUUCGCUUUCAUCUGAGCGGAUCAAGGCCAUCAUGCACCGUGCCUCUGUAGCUUCAGCUAUGGCAGUUGAAGUCGAUGGAGCCAUGGAGAGCAUUCCGUCGGCCAAGGAGGUGGAUGCUCGGAUCGCUUUGCUGGGCUGA